AUGGACAGCAAAGUUUCGUCGCAGAAAGCAGGGUCCCGCCUGCUCCUGCUGCUGGUGGUGUCAAAUCUACUCUUGUGCCAGGGUGUGGUCUCCACUCCCGUCUGUCCCAAUGGGGCUGGCAACUGCCAGGUGUCCCUUCGAGACCUGUUUGACCGGGCAGUCAUGGUGUCCCACUACAUCCACAACCUCUCCUCGGAAAUGUUCAACGAAUUUGAUAAACGGUAUGCCCAGGGCAAAGGGUUCAUUACCAUGGCCCUCAACAGCUGCCAUACCUCCUCCCUUCCUACCCCUGAAGACAAAGAACAAGCCCAACAGACCCACCAUGAAGUCCUUAUGAACUUGAUUCUUGGGUUGCUGCGCUCCUGGAAUGACCCUCUGUAUCACCUAGUCACGGAGGUGCGGGGUAUGAAAGGAGCCCCAGAUGGUAUCCUGUCGAGGGCCAUAGAGAUUGAGGAAGAAAACAAACGGCUUCUGGAAGGCAUGGAGAUGAUAUUUGGCCAGGUACUUCCUGGAGCCAAAGAGACUGAGCCCUACCCUGUGUGGUCAGGACUCCCUUCCCUGCAAACCAAGGAUGAAGAUGCGCGUUAUUCUGCUUUUUAUAACUUGCUCCACUGCCUGCGCAGGGACUCAAGCAAGAUUGACACUUACCUUAAGCUCCUGAAUUGCAGAAUCAUCUACAACAACAACUGCUAA